UUGACAAUUGGAGGCCCCUUACACCUCCAAUUUCUUCUAAUUAGGUCUAAAAUAAAUCUCUCUAAUGGCACCAACACAAUUGAGUGCAACAAGCAAACCUCCUAAUACAGGGAGCACCUCUGUAAAGCACAUGGACCCAGAGUCUAAAAAGAAACCCCCAAUUAAGCCCCCGUCUACUGAAAUGCCCUUCCUGGCGAAGUCGGCCGCGGAGGGCCCCUUCGGAGAGCUGGCAACCACUGCGAACCGGCUCUUCCAGGAGGCCAAACUUCAGCUGGAGCAGUCUGGGAACAUAAAGUCAACAAUAAAGGAGACGGUCAUCGAGUGCAUCUCGAGCCUCUACACGAUCGUGUUGCGGCUCAACGGAGGGACACCGCCUCCCGCCACCCAGACCGUUACAGCAACGGCGGCUGACUUUGCGAGGGAGGUCUUGGAAGAGCUACAGCAGCAUCGGCAAUUGGUGGUUGCAGCCAGGGCCGACAUCGGGGCCGUCAAAGAACAGGUACAGAAAAUUGAUAAUAAUAUAGAAAAGAUGAACAUAGUCACUGACGUACAUGACCGCAUUACGUAUGCGGCGAUGGCGGCGACUACAAGGCCCGCUGGAGCCGCUUCCCAGCUGCCCCAACCUGUCCACUCGAUGGUCGUGUCUUCGGUCGACUCCCAUGACACAAGCGAGGACAUAAUCGACAAAAUAAGAACUGCAGUGAGCGCGAAGACAUCCGGCGUGCGAGUGGACAGAUUGAGGAAAGCUAGAGAUCAAAAGGUAGUGCUGGGCUACCAGUCACGAGAGGAGCUCACCAGAGUAGUAGAGAAACUGAAGGCCGGCAGCCCAACACUCCUGACGCAGUAGGUAGAAAAUAGGGAUCCGCUAGUUAUACUGCUAAACGUCCUUAGCAUUAAUACCGACGAAGACAUUUUGGGUGCCCUCAAGCGGCAAAACGGAAACGUGCUGGGGACAAUACCUGAGAGCGAAUACAGGGCGAGCGUGAGGUACCGAAAAAGGGCAAGAAAUUCGCUCGAAAACCACGUUGUCCUGCAGGUGUCACCGGCGGUUUGGCAGCGGCUUACGACAACCGGGAAGGUGCACAUCGACCUUCAGCGAGUGGUCGUUAAAGACCAGUCUCCACUGACGCAGUGCUUCAUGUGUCUCGGGUACGGUCACGGAUGGAAGAACUGUAAGGAGUCCGUGAACACCUGCAGUCACUGCGCGGGGCCACACCUGCGCAGCGAAUGCGAACUGUGGAAGGCCGGAGACAAGCCUACUUGUUGCAAUUGCCAGA